AUGAAAUGUCCUGUUUUUGACAAUAGUAAGAAGGACAACACCAUGGAGGAAACCUUUGCUGUUGCACAAGAGUCCAAGGUGAUGCAACUAAAGGUUUCUCCAAUUAAAGAGACAAGCCCCACCAAACCUCAGAGUUCAUCCAAAGAAGUGACAACGGUGUUACUCUCAGCCAAGAACAACACCAGUACAGUUCACAACAAAGAAAACAACUCUAGAAGAGAUCCAGGGACACUGGAUGACUGCUUAGAAGACAGUGGCUAUUUAUCUUUGCAGAACAGUCAUAUUGACCUUAAUGUAGAGUUGGAGGAUACUCACACACAGGGGAAACUUACUGAAGAGCUGUAUUCUGCCACAACACAUCAAGAAAGGACUAUUUUAUCAGAUAAAUCCCCCUCUAAAUGUCAAAGUAAGGCUAAGGCCAGCCAUCCAUUGCUUCUGGACAUUGCUGCUACUCCUGUGGAUCAUUCUAAAAGGAAAACUGCAGUGCUAUCAUCCACCCCCUCCAACCAACAUGGCAACCCCAAUUUACCCAUCUUGAAGUUUCAGCAGGACGUGUGUGAAGAGCUUGCUAAGAACUUCAAAAAGAAUAAGAAGUAUGACUGGAGCAUCAUCCAAGAGGUUGCAAAUGAGCAUCUUUUGGAUCGGGUGAUUGGACGCCACAUGGGCUUGGAGUACGUUGAUAUGUUUACAUAUUUGCUGUCCAGGAACAUGAAGAGGAUCUUAAACGACAUCCUGGGUCUGCUAGGAGAUCUAGACCUCAUUAGUUGUAAGAAAGUAAGCAGAACAUGGAGAAAAAUAAUCUGCGAGGACAAAGCCGCUGUAAGAAGGUGUCAGCUAGCCGAGCAGCAGCUCAGGGAGUCUAGCAGCUCUCUGAGGUCCUGUGGUCUGACUAGAGAUGUAGCUGUGUCCAGGGUGGUACUGUCCUGCGUGCAGACUCUGGCCUCUUCGAGCACGCCAUCGUCAUCCUCUUUCAACCAAAGCAGCAGAAACGUUAAACGCGCGGCUAACUCACAAAAAGGCAGCAGCUCUCAGUGUUCUCGCUUCAAUGAGUACGCACAGGCUGCCAGUCGUCUGAAGCAGCACGAGUCUCUGCGUCAAUGCAGGCGAUGCGGCUCACCAGCGAUCCAUUUGCCUGAAGUUCAGAGGGCAACAUGCACUCGCCCCAGCUGCCUUUUUGACUUCUGCACCUGCUGUCAAGAAGCUUUUCAUGGCUCAACCCCCUGCCGAACAGUACAACCCAAAUCGCGCUUUACCUCCUGCAAGACGUCCUCUAUCCUCCCCGGUAGCGCUCGCAGCAAAAGAAACCUCAGACGCUUGUGA